AUGGCGAGCCAGCGCACUGCCCCCCUUACCUUACGACAUGUUCUCUGUCAGCAGAAGCCGACCAUACUCUGCAAAUCGAAGCUCAAUAGAAACAGUCGUAGCCUAGCUUGGCCAGAGGUAGCCGCCUUCACCAUCUGGCGCGACUUCAAUCUGGAAAACCUCAAUGACAGCUACGGUCAUAUCCUCGACGCUGAUGAUCUACUAUAUCCGUUGGAGUUGCCUCAGGUCGAAGUACUACAGGGAGUUGAGACCGAGGUAGACAGGGAUAUCGGACACUUGAUCGCCUGGAACGAUGCCUUGAUGCAGCAGACACUCCUAGUCGCCAAGACAAGGCUUGGAAUCUGCCAAGAGAGCAACCUCACAUACCUUUACUCGACUCCUGACAAGUCGGUUAUUGCGAAGUUACCCAAUGCCUCUAGUGGCUCUCAAGUGGACCACGUUAUCGGGCUCGAUAAUCGCUUGGAACCCGUUCUCGUCGUCGGCCUUGGGAGAUUAUCCUCGAAGUGGGCAUGUAUGAAACUCCUGGCUAAGCUCCCACAGCCAUCCGGGGAAAUGGCCUUGCCACUACGACAGUUGGGGAAUUUAUGCCGAAAAGCCGGGACCCGUUAUGGGUAUAUUCAGACUGAGGAAGACCUAGUCGUGUGCUGUUUCUCCGACACUGACAACGGUGAAGACUUGAAGGCAGCAGUCAUGCCGGUCCCAUGCACCAAACAUGGCGUCAAUAUGCUCACGUCGGAACUUGCUCUGUGGUGGCUCUGCAUGAUAGCGAUGUCUCCCAAUCACAGCCGCCUGAUCCAAAAGGAGCAAGACAUGGUCAAGAUCAACGAAUGGGAGCGCCUUUACCAUGACGCGGACACCACCGUGAUGCGGCAUCGAUACUCUAACUUUGAGAAGUCAAUGAGCCCAGCGACUCCUUCCAUGGCCUUUAUCAACUUGGCCCCUGCAAGCUCAGGAAUCAACCAGAAUUACUUGGCAAACCCUGUCCAGCCGGAGGGUACGAAUAAUCCGAAGAGUCUGGCAGAGCUGGAGGACUGGGGUUGCUCGAGCAACUCUGCUGACGAGAGCGCUUGGAAUAACCCGGGUGUCUGGACCAUCCCGACCAACCCGAACACUUGGGUUGAUCCGAAAAUGUUGAGUAUGAAUCAGGUUGCCGAUUCUGGCUUCAAUCAGAGCACCUACCAGCCCUGA